CCCCAACACCUUCUUCCCACGGUGCUAUCGGCUGGGGACCAAAUACGAGCGGGAAGCCUUCAUCGACGAUUUCCGCCUGACAGCAGCUCGCAGUCUGCUCAAACUGGCCCUGGAAGAGGCUGGGGACAGGAUGAUGGGGACUGAACAGCCCCCAAGCUCUGACAAGGGGGCAGCAGGGCCAGGAUCUCCCCUGUACCCCCAGCUGGUGGAGGAGGCCCUGGAGGUCUGCGAGCAGCACCUGGGUGUUCUGGGGCACCAGGACAUCGACAGGGGCACCCCGUUCCCCUGCAGGACAUGCAUUGACUGGGACCGCUUCCUGCAGGAUUACUACUGCGUGGCACAUGAGGGGGCUGGGCUGGUGCUGAGUGGGGCACAGCGGGAGCGGUGCCAGGACCUGCUGCAGCGCCUGGCGGAGCAGCUGCCGCAGUUCAGCAUGGAGGGCAAGCUCAAUGUCUGGAUCCUCAAGCCUGGUGCUGAAUCCCAAGGCAGGGGCAUCGUCUGUGCAACACGGCUGGAGGAGGUGCUACGGCUGGCGCGGGGCUGCACGGCCCCCUCGGUGCAGGAGGGCAAGUGGGUGGUGCAGAAGUACCUGGAGCGGCUGCUGACCAUCUUCGGCACCAAAUUCGACAUCCGUCAGUGGUUUGUGGUGACUGACUGGAAGCCACUGACUGUCUGGUUCUAUGGAGACUGCUACCUGCGCUUCUGCUCCCGGCCCUUCUCCCUGCACUGCCUGGAGCGUGCCAGGCACCUCUGCAAUGUCUCCGUCCAGAAGUGGUACAAGACAUCACCAGACCAGGACCCCCGCGUGCCCCCCGACAGGAUCUGGUCCAGCAAGCAGUUCCAGGCAUACCUGGCAUGGCUGGGGCAGGCAGAUGCUUGGCAUCAGGUGAUAGUGCCUGGCAUG